AUGGUGAUUGCCGGAGCUCCUGAGCCGUCGCCAGAGCGCGUUGCCGCCUGGUCGGCAGUCGUCGCCAAGCCCCCGUCGGUCCCCGAAACGGGGACCAUGGCGACGAAGCCCCCUGUACCGCCGGCUCCGAGACCCUCGACAACAGACCUUGCUCAGGCCGCCCCGACUGCUGCUCCUGUUCCGGUGGCUCCCCCGGUUCUUCGCGAAGAUUCGCGGACGUUUGCCCAUGGGGGGGAUCUUGCUGGCUCACCCGUUCCCACUCCUGGCUCCGUUGCCCCGCCUGCUGCUACUCCUGCCGUGCCCGUUCUUGCCUCUGGCGCGAUCGUUGCACCGCCUGCUGCUGACCCUGGAGCGCCUGCUCCCGCUCCUGGCCUGCCCGUUCCACCGUCUGCUGCUGUCCCUGGCGCGCCUGCUCCUGUCCCUGGCGUGCCCGUUGUGCCGCCUGCUGUUGUCCUUGGCGCGCCUGCUCCGGCCUCUGCCUCGUCCCUGCAGGCGGCGUCCGCCACCACUGGCGGCCCGGCCCCGUUGCUGGCCCCUUCCGCAGUGGAUCACCCCGCUCCUGAGGCUCUCCCUGUUGCACAGACUGGCCAGCCUGCGCGCCCGUCGCGUCCCCAUUCGCUCGCGUCCCACCAGGAGCGCAGGUCGUCUCGCCGCCGGCGCUAUUCUCCACGCCGCUAUCAGCAGCAGGCACACUGGCCCGUGCACCCCGGAGGCCAGGGGGACUGGAGGGGUCCCCGUGGGCGUGGAGGCGGGUAUCGUCCGCCCGUGACGAUGGCAGACCUUCAGCGGGAGGUGUCGAGGGCCGUGCGCGAGGAGAGGGCGGGGCAGGAUCAGAGCAUCUCGAUGCGCGCCCUGCCGGCCCCCGGGACUCCUCGCCCGCAUGUGCUCCCGUCAAGUCCGCCGCCUGUCGCUGCACCGCCACCGCAGAAUCCCUUCCCGGCGGCUCUUGCUCCCGCUGCCUCGGCCCCCGCCCCUGGAUCGCGUCUUCACCUGCCGCCGGUUCCGCCUGUUGAGGGGGUGGAGUUUGUGGCCGCGGGUGACGGCUCGGCGGCAGGGCAGGACUUGCCUUCUGCUGUAGUUGAUGAGCCGUUCCAGUUCCUGGCGGAGGCUCUUCAGCCUCCGCAGAUGCGCGUUCCCGAGGCGACACUCGGUCAGCUCCACCGCCUCGCAGAGAGUCUGCACGUGCUGCUGUUGAUUCAGGUGCUUGCGCACUCAUCUCUCCCCGUGAUCCCUCCCGAGACCUUUCGUAGCCACCAGCGUGAGAUGUGCCUGGACGCGGCGGACCAGCUCGCGGUGCUGCUGGCGCCCGUGCUGGCUGCGCCGGGAGGCGCUGCUGCUGCGGGACAGCUUGGCGAGGCUGUCCGUUGUUUGAGGCGGCACUUGCGCGCAGGAUCUGGAGCCACGGCGAUCGGCGCAAGCACGCUUGUGGUCCAGGAGCUGUGCCGCUCCCUGACGGGCGUUCUUCACGCCCUUGGAGCUCACCGUGUGUAG